AUGAAGUCAGUGGCUAAUUAUAUAUCAUGUGUUUAUGCAUGUACGGUAUUUCUGAGAAUGCGAAACAACCCCAUACAAUUUGGCAUGGUCUUUAGUUAAAAGGAACUCAGUACUUCGGUAACUGCAUCUUUUCACAGCCGCGUAAACUUCACUGAAGGUAAGUAUAAAAUCUGCAGGUCAGAAUCAAUAUAUUGCGAAGUAUGUUUAAGAAACAGUCGAGCUUUUAAUCAUAAAGACUAGGUAAGAAAACAGUAUGGGUAUUAGCUACCGACAUAAUUUAUUCACCUCGCUCAGCUAUCGAAGACUGUAGAGUUAGUUAUUUAAUAAGGAGCUGAUUUAAGACUGACGCAAAUGCCUCUGUUCGAAGUAGGAUGGAAAAAAGAAUAUAAAUUUUGAAUAGGGACCAGAAGACCGUCAUGAAUUUUCCUCCGGUCAGAUGUUGCAUCUGAGGUAUUUUGUUUUUCGAAAGCGCGAUCAGAACCUCUAAUUCAGAGAAAGGUUACCCACUCUGAAGCAUAAAAAUAAGUGUGGCGGAAAUAACGAAAGCAAGAACGCGACCAGCAAAACUGUUUCAGUAAUAUACUAUUGUAUCAUGCCGUCACAAAACAACUUCUGGUCGGGACUUUCCCUUUGUUUCACUUUCUAGCAUAGUUAAUUUCUGGCUAUGGAUGCUUGAUUUCUAAGUUAGCAUUACUGUCUUAUUAGGUAUCAAAAAAUUGUUAAGCAUGCUAAUAAUUCAUGCUUAUCACGCUUAGUGAAAAAUGCUAUUUUUUCUUGAGAAUAAUAUUCCAUUAGCUGAAAUGCUGAAAAUGUUGUAUAUUACUAUGACAAAAUUGUGUUCAAACUCUAAGAACUAAUUUCUAAUUCUCCCUUUGGAACGCAUCAGUGCACAGUUUAAUAUUCCGAAGUACGUUACAUGAUCAGCAUGCAGACUUUAAAACUUCAGUAUCAUUCUGAGCCAACACUAAAAAAGCGUCACGCGCAUUUUCAUGUGUUUCACGCGGCUUACCGUAUGCUUUUCGCUAGAAUGUCAAAAUUUCUGACAUAGGGAAAAAGCCUUUAGGUCCUUUAGUCAAAACCGUCUCUCCUCCAAUGACCUUGCCCUCUUAAAAACAGUAUGAUCGUUGGUACUCUGGUGAUUGCCCUCUGGAUCCUUCUUUGAGUAAUGUGCGAAAGAGUUAUUUUGAAACCGAAGUUGAGGUCGUCCCACGGGUAAUCAAAGAUAGUCCUGGAUUCUGGAUUCUACACUGUGAAUUCCGGAUUCCAAGUACUAGAAUUCUGGAUUCCUUAUCGGUGGAACUUGGAUUCUCGAUUCCAAUCGUAAGAAAGAUGCAGGAUUCCAAAGCCCACGAUUCCCGAUUCCACAUGAAAAGAAUUCUCGGAUAACGGGUUCCACAAGCAAAACUUUUCCGGAUCCGGGAAACUGGCGGUACUUACCAUUUACUUCCACUCGGGUGGUUUGUGUAAAUAAAUGGUAAGCUCCCCGGGUUUCCUUGCAUGGGGCGAUUGCAGAGGUAAUUCCGAGCGGUGAUUCUGACCUGAUCGUUCACAGUCAGUUUACAUUUUUUUUUCCACACAAUUGGAGGUUUUCACACUAGAGAAUGAUUAUCCGUCCAAGGUGACUGAGUUAUCUGUUGGGUAAUCCGUGUCAGACGGAUGUGAUAACUGGAUGGUUUUAUUUUUGGAUGAAUCAUUCGUGAUGAUAUAUUUGUCUGUUUAGCCGUCCAUCCAGACAGCAAACGGUUAACCCCAUUAACAAUUUAGCAGGUACAUUUUCUCUUCUCUCUGUUUUUUUAGGACCUAUUUUGUCUCUAGUUUAUCAGACCUUUAGGAAGGACGGUAAAAUAACACAAUGUCAGGAAGCUGUGCCGUACCACUGUGCCUUCCUAACAACUGUAGGUGGGACGAACAGACUGGUGAAUACAGCAAGGCUGGAGGGGAAAGGCAAAGCCUCUAUGUAGUCGACAAAGCUCUCGACAGGCUAAGAAGCAUCAAAGGUAACCUGUUAUACUCUUUAAAAUUUCGUCUGACAUUUCCUUUUGUUAUGCUACCCAUUCUUUUACUCUUCCUAGCUCUUCCUUCUAUUUUUUUCUUGUGUAAUCCCCAGGUAGCGAUCGAUAAAUCACGAGUGAUGUUGUAGCUUAUUCAGUAAACGGCGGGCUGUUUUUCUCUGCUUUGUUAACGAUGUAAUUAACGUUCACUGAAUUGAAAUAGAGGGCAAUACAUUUUUGAGCGACGCACGUCAACUGGAAGUGAGGCAUUUGCCUUUUCCAAGCCUAAUUGCUAAGUGUUUUUAAUCUUAUAAAGACGAUUUUCUAAAAAAAGAAUAGGCAAAACCAAUGCCUACAUAAGGAUGCAAAAAGUCUACGUUUAGUUGACAUGCGUCGACGGCUCAAAAUCGAUAACACCGUUCGGAUGCGGAUCCAGAAAAUUAAGGAAAAGAGGGCCGCGGAGGACUUUUCAAUUAUUGGCUUACUCUGUCCGGAAAGCAAGCACUCUUUAGGCUCUUUAGGUUAUUAAAUCAUCAACGAACGUAAAUAAUUUAGAGGUAUUGAACUUAAUUACUAUCAGGAUAGUUAUUUAUAACUGGUUUCUAGCCAUAAUGUUUUAUUGCUUUUAUUGUUAUUAUUAUUAUUAUUAUUAUUAUUAUUGUCUUUAUUUUAUUAUUAUUUUUUAAACAGUUGAAAGAAACUUUUGAAUUUUAGAGGCUGACAGUUUUUUUUUAUUGACAUGAAAUUUUUUUAAUUCGAAUAAAUUUUUCUUAGUUAAAGAACUCUUUCUAAGCUAAAUUAAGUGCUUUUUAAAUCGACAGGAAUUGGAAAUAGUGUUUUAAAUGAAUAGUUUUUUUCUUUUUUUCAAGCGAAUUAAUUGUAAAUAGGAUUUUAAUAGUUAGCAUUGUUGUCAAUAAAAUUUUUUCAAAAAAAUUAUUAUUAUUAUUAUUAUUAUUAUUAUUAUUAUUCUAACCAUUGUGGUUUUUAGUUGAGAUCUUGAGAUCUUUCGUACACACACUAACUUAAUUUCCAACUCAAUUUAGGUCCCGUUUGUGUGGUGUCAAUUGCUGGGCCUUGUCGCAAAGGCAAAUCGUAUAUCCUCAGCAAAGCAUUUGACCAAGGGGAGGUUUUCCCUCUUGGACACUUUCUGGACCCAGAGACGAUGGGUAUCUGGAUGUGGGUUGUGCCAGAAAAGUUGAAAGUAAGCUCUUAGUAAUGAUGACGUCUGGUACGAUAUACUAACUGCUGAUACAUCUAUCCCAGUAAUGCUGGAGAUGACUUGAAAAGCCAGAUCUGACCAACUAUUUGGUGUGCAUGGUUUGCUUGUCCACCUACACUAGUGCCCUUGUCGCUAGCCUAAGAUCUAUGAAAUACUGAUAGCGCAUAUUAGUUCAGAGUUCUUAAGGCCAAUUUUUCAGACUCUGGGCCUGAAAAGUCUUGCUCCAUCUCUCGAAACGCAUUAUUAAUUAUUGUACAUUAUUUUCCGUAUGAAGCCCAACCCAUCGAAACCUAUUUUCCUUUCAAUGCAUAGGACGCCAGUGGCCAGGAAUUUACAGUAGUGCUGUUGGACUCGGAAGGAAUUGAUGCGGUGACCAGUGAUGGUUCCGAUGAUCACUGUAUAUUCACUUUGACCAUUUUACUGGCUUCAGUUUUGAUUUACAACUCAGCUGGCGUUCCUACCCGGACUGACCUUGAUGGACUUGAGUAUCCUUGAACAGCUAAUACUUCUGUCGUACUUACUUGUGUAAGGUUAUUAGUAAGCUUUGUAGUGAAACAAUACUCAUUUAGACGUGUAUUGAAAAAAAAAAAAAGAAUACGGAUCGCAUCCAAAGCGAUCUCUCUAAAAAGAACUUAGUUGGAACAAGAACUAAGUUUCUGUUUCAGAGAGGUGCCCGUCUCAUAAACAGUCGGGCAAAUUAAAGAAAAAGCUGUAGGAACAACAGCAGGGACCAAUCCUAGGCAUCCUUUAAAGUGAGGUGUAUGUCUGCUAAGAAAGAAUUGAUUGACAAAUAUAAGAGGUAACGGGAGUUUACAUGGAUAUAGUUAACAUUCCUUAAUGACUCAAAGCUUCAUAGUGAAACUUUCUCAGCGAAUUCAGCUUCACUCAUCUGAUUCAACAGCCUCCGCAUUGCAGCAGAAUGACGAUGCAAACCUUUUCCACAAAACCUUCCCAUUCUUCAUUUGGCUGUUAAGAGAUGUUGUGCUUGCACUCCCUAAAGAUUGUCACAAUAUCAAGGAGUAUUUUCUGACAAGGGUAAACGGAAAAUUAUUUACAAAGAGUGUGUUGAUAUAGCUCAGGAGACUGCAUAAGAAAACACUAAACCACCACUAGUUUCAUUGCGAAAUAACGCAUGAGGAACGAGCAACUGAGAAAUUCCAUAAACUAAUGACGUAGGGUGUCACUACACAGCUGAUUGGUAGAGCCGUCAAGGUAACGUGCUUCAACCAGUCAGAGGCACUUCUCAAAUCUUUUUGUUCGCUUAGCUCAAGAUCAUUUCUUAUUUCCUGAGCACCUGAUUAGAAUCAUAUUUAUCAUCGUGGAAGGGAAAGAAGUCACACAUGAGAAUCGAUCGUUAAAAUAGGCAUAAAGACACUCUUACUAGCCAAAUAACUUACAGAAUGUUCGCAUAUUGCACGGAGUCUAACAAAUCCUUUUCGGCAGAUAAUGGUAGAUCUUUUUGUUAUAUAACAUAGUAAUAACCUUCGUCAGCGUACUAAUGUGAAGCUAACUUACCACUUUUUCAAUCGAUAGGUGUUUAACUCAUCAGCAGACUCAAAAGGUGAAGUCGCAUCUAAAGUGGCCGAGAGCAUUUUGAAUUUCUUCCCUGGGUUUGAGGCCUUUAAACUUCCUCCUCCUUCUUCUGAUCCAGAAGUUGUAUUAAAUCUUAAUCGAGAAGAGGUGCAGGGUGACGUAAACAAGUCGUUUGUGCGGGGAGUGGAAGAAUUCAAGGGGAUGCUGAGGUCCAAGUUAACGCCCAAACGCAGCUUUCGUGAUGGAGAAUAUGUAACUGGCGAAGGUAAUAACUGAAAAUGUAAACCUAUUCUCAGAUAUGCACAUCGUGGCUCUUCUUUAUGUUCUUUUGUUCGUUCUAAUCUAUUUUCGCUGGUUUCAGGUUUCCAUUAAUGUCAAAAGUACGACAUUGAUAUAGUAAUACCUUUUUCGUUUUUUUUCAAGAUGAAUAACACCGCACCUGGUCAUUUAUAAAGGAAUUUUAAGUAAAGUUCAGAUACAACACGCCCUCUGAUUGGUUGAAAGCGUGCUUUAUGAGAGUAUAAAACAAAGAGCUAAAGUUUACUUUAAAAAACAAGAAAGUGAUGCGUGAGGAAUUUAACGGUUUCUAGAGCACUUAAGAAGUAGGGAGAAGCAGUCUCGUGUUUUACCGUUGCAUUAUACCUUUCGUUCGUGCUCUUGCCGCUUCCUGCGUACUUCAGUGGUGCUUUACAACAUGUAAAACGGAGUAAAGUCAAGGCUUCUUUAUUUGUUAAGUAAAUGGUAAGUUGUGGCAUUAUAUUUUUGUAUGGCUGUUGAAUCAAGUAGAUUGACCUGAGAGUCAUGCUUUAGGUGUAACUAUCCGAUUGACGAAAGGCUGUGAGAUAUCAUCGCAUCAUAACCUUGAUUAUUUUCUGAACUUUUUUUUUUUUUUUUUAAGCUCUAGCAGCUCUCGUCAAUAUUUACGUUGAGGCAUUGAACACUCCUGGAACAGUUCCCAGUGUACAGAGCGCCUGGGAGACCUUUGUGCAUACCAAGUGUUCCGAGGCAAAAGCUAUCGCCAUGCAGAUCUAUCAAAGCGCCAUGUCAUCUCAGCUAGAUGGAACACUGCCUCGUGAGAGUGACGAGAUUCGCCAAGUUCAGCAAGCGGCCAUUGAAGAAUGUAUGGUUAGUUUUCAAGCUGAGACAGUUGGAGUGUCUGCUUUAAGCAGUGAAAAGUACCUGGAUGAACUGACGGUAAGGAACAGUAUGAGAUCGCCCCAUAUAAGAAAAUUCGGAUUCCGGAAGCAGGGGAAAUUUUACUUGUGGAAUAUGGAAUCCUAGGCUGGGAAUCCGGAAUUUAAUUAACGAUUGGAAUCUAGUACCUGGAAUCAGGAAUCCACGUUGUGGAAUUCAAAAUCCAAGACUGGUUUGGAUGUCUUUACAUAGGAGGGAAUAUGGUGUCAAAUCUGUGCUUUGUAAAUUAAGGCCCAUGUGUGCCCAGAUCAAUACUCAAUAGAAGAAGAAGAACAAGAAGAAAGUAAUUCAAAGUAAAAAUGGCACAUGUCCACUGAAUUUUCUGGGGUGCAUUAAAACUAACAUCUGACGAAACUGGUAACGUCUGGCGUAAAAAAAUAAAAUAAAUAAAAUAAAAAAAACAGAGUUUGAUUAGGUUGUACGUCAGGCGUAGCGCUGAACCUCUGAUCUCUGCCCUUAAAAUAAGAAUUUGACUGGGCUGAACGUCAAACAUUACUUGCUACGUCCGACGUCAUAAUUUAUGCAACUGACCCGUGAUCCUUACAGAAACAGUGUAAAAUAAGGAAAAAAAAUUAAUUUAAACGCGCACCUUUCUCUACCCAUAGGAGCACAUGGAAAAUGGCCUGAAGCAUUGGCUGGAAGAGAACAAUCGUUUAACAAGACAAGAGUGCCACAAGCUGCUGCGUGAUCUGAAAGAGCAGCAUUUGGAUCCUAUCCUGAGACAGCUCAGUGGGAAAGAUGGAGCUUCUGUCACCUUUGCUCAAAUAAUUGGAGGUUACUCUGCCAUUGAGCAAGGAUUUAAAACUCAUUCUAGAGGAGCCAAGGAUGUGUGUGCUCAGAUGUUUUACGAGUUCCAUCCGGUAAGUUUAUAUGUUCAAAUUCCAUGUUUAGGAGAAUUAAAAGAAAUACGUUUCUUUUUUCAGAUUGAGUUAUUAGACACAGUAAAUGAACAUCAAUAAUGUGAAAUGUUCUCGAACAGUUCAGUAGCCUUUAGUUUACGAGCUCAGAUGCCCUCUCCCACAGACUUGAAAACCCUUCAGGAGGCACCAUCUCUCAUAUCUGAGUCUUAUAAACUAUCCUGGACGUGCCUAAAAUGUGGUAUUGGUAUAUGACCUUGUGUCAUUCCUCGCUAGAAAACUGAUAAGAAACUCACUUAGUAGAUGGGAACAUCUCAAGGACUUUUAGCAUAACUCUUUUUAUAUUUACUACUAUCAAGUCCUAAGAUUGCAUAUCUCUUGCCUACAUAGGAAAUGCAAAAGGAAAUGGAAAAACACAUGGCGCACUUGCAACAACUGAAAGACUUUGAUGAAACUUUAGCCCUAGAGAGAGAAGAAAAAGCCCGUCAGGAGCAGGAAAGGAGAAGGAUUGAGGUAAAAAUAGUAAAAUAACUGAGCGCGUUUUUAGAAGCGUGAACAGGUAGAGGAAGUUUUACAGUAAGGAUGACCAUUGAACCUGUUCAUCUGAUUGACAAGUAGAGACGACAUUUUUACUAAAAAAUGACUUCAAAAGUAAACUCGAGUAUUUGUAAAAAAAAAAAACAAUUUAGUCUUCAACUCUAAAAUCUACAAAAAAUAGGUUUAUAACUUAAAAGCACAGCAGACUUUUAAAAAAAAAGGUUAUUGAGAGACACUUUGUCUAAACUUAAUGAAGGAAACUGCACUUUUGUUAUAUUUAGUUCUUAUACGCCUCGAUUGAUACUGAAAUGAACACUUUUUUUCUGUAUAUUUGUUUUCGUUGCGUUACGUUAAAAAAAGAAACAAACCACAUUACUGAUGGAUCAUUCUUUAAAUGUAGUAACUCUUUGGGAAUCAAAAUUAACCAAGUGUUUUUUUUUUUUGUUUUUUUUUCUCGGACCGGUAUUUCAAUGUUCGCUUGCAGAAUGCACUGUAUACCAAUUAAUCCUCAGUAGAGAUCUAUUUCAACAGGGCUCAGUACAACUUCGAUGAAUUCGUGAUCAACUACGAAUUUUUUAAGGCCUCUUAAAUAUAGUUGUAAUCACCUCAUAGAGGCGUGUUCUUUUCAAUCCUCACUUUUAUUUUUAAUUUAUCUAGGAGGAAAACGCGCGCCUCGAGGAGGAACGUCGCACGAAAGAGAAAGAGGUUUGAACAAAUUCACUUUUACGUGUAAACAUUUCCUGCUGUAAAAUACUACUUUUUCUGUCUUCCUGGUCUCGAGGUAUUUGCUAUAAGAAAAAUGAUAUCGCUCUUUUGUAGAUGGAGCUUCUACGGAUCAAACAAGAGGAGGACAGGAGACGCUUGGAAGAACAGUUUAAAGCAGACAUGGAGGCUCAAAGGGAACAAAUGAGCAACAUGAUGGCGGCAAACAUGGACGAACUGCGAAAGGACAGGGAAGCAAUAAUUCAGCAGAACCAGACGCUCAAGGAAACAAUGGGGCAGAUGCACGAGUCUAUGGAGCAAAGGAACGCUCAAAUGAUCGAGCUUCAGAAGCAAAUCACUGCACUUGCUAACCGCCCACCUCCACCACGACCGAAAGGUCCUUGUGUUAUUCUUUAAGAUAAAACUUUGUUCUUUUCGUUUUGCUUAGCUGAAGGGAUGAUAAGGUUAUAAAAAAAAACUUUUUUGAAUAGUUCAAGUCUAACAUUUUGAACUAAAUUCAUAUUUAACAAUUAAUUACAAAAUUCAAGCAUGAUCGCUUUCCAAGAGGAACUUCAAUGAAAUGAUCUUUGUACUGGGAUUCAGUACAACCUCGAUUCCCAGACUAAGGAACUUGGUAAGGUCAAUUAUUUUAGCUUAUUCUUCUUCCAGUAGUAUAAACUGGCAUCGAUAUCGCUGUAUCUUUGACUGCUAUAAAUUAAAAUGUGAACUGGAU